UCUCCCUGCUGUCGCUUUAUUCUUCUGUUUUCUGGGAAAUACAAACAAAGCCCCUCGGAAAGGGACUGGGGGAAACGGAAGGAAAACGUGUUUGUGGCUUUUAAUUGGGAAACCAAGCAUACCUAACAGUAUGCGGUGCAGUUAUGGCAGGCAAGGGUAAGACAGUCGUAAGGACGCUGGAGGAUUUAACGCUUGAUUCUGGUUAUGGUGGAGCCGCGGACUCGGUCAGGUCGUCCAGCGUGUCGCUGUGCUGCUCUGACACGCAUCAGUCCGUGUCGCAGGGGGGAAACUGCUGGCAUCUGACGGAAUCCAUGCACAGCAGACAAAACAGUUUGGACACAGUGAACACCGUCCUGGCGGAGGACACGGAGAUACUGGAGUGCUCGGGUCAGUGCGCCAAGCUGCCCGAGCUGGAGGACGUGCCAUGGAGCCUCGGCGAGGUGGAGGGCGCACUGAGGAAAGACGAGGAGCUCAUGGUGGGCGACCCACCUCCGGAGGUGUACGCGCGGCUGUCUGCCCUCGUCAGCCGCGCUCUGGUGAGGGUGGCCCGGGAGGCGCAGAGGCUGUCUCUGCGCUACGCCAAGUGCACCAAACACGAGAUCCAGAGCGCCAUCAAGGUGGUGCUGUCAUGGACCAUCUCUGUUAACUGCAUCACGGCGGCUCUGAGCGCCCUGUCCCUGUACAACAUGAGCACCGGGGACAAGUUCAGCCGAGGCAAGUCGGAGCGCUGCGGGCUGGUCUUCUCCGUGGGGAAGUUCUUCAGGUGGAUGGUGGAUAGUCGGGUGGCCCUUAGGAUCCACGAACACGCGGCUAUAUACCUCACCGCGUGCAUGGAGAGUCUGUUCAGAGAGGUGUUCAGCCGCGUCCUGCGCAGCGCGCUGGUGGAGAGGGACAACGGGAUCCCCAAGUUUACGCCGGAGUCUCUGGAGCAAGCCAUCAGCAACGACUCGGAGAUCUGGGGGCUGCUGCAGCCCUACCAGCACCUCAUCUGCGGCAAGAAUUCAAGUGGUGUGCUGAGCCUGCCGGAGAGCCUGAACCUGCACAGGGACCAGCAGCGCUCGGGGAGGGGUGGGGAGUGUCCGGGAUACACGCAGGCCGAGCUCCGUACGCUGGAGCAGUCGCUGCUCGCCACGCGGGUGGGCAGCAUUGCAGAGCUGAGUGAUUUGGUGUCCCGGGCCAUGCACCACCUGCAGCCGCUGCACAUUAAGAACCCCAGCAACGGGACGCCGGUCCAUCAAAAGACUGCCACCACAGUGCACUGGGAGCCUGAGGCCCUCUACACGCUGUGUUACUUCAUGCACUGCCCGCAGAUGGAGUGGGAGAACCCCAACGUUGAGCCGUCCAAAGUUACAUUACAGACGGAGAGGCCGUUCAUCGUACUGCCGCCUCUGAUGGAGUGGAUCCGGGUUGCGGUCGCCCACACAGAGCAUCGGCGAAGCUUCUCAGUGGACAGCGAUGACGUGAGACAGGCGGCCCGGCUGCUCCUGCCCGGCGUCGACUGCGAGCCACGACAAAUAAAAGCGGAGGAUUGUUUCUGUGCCACCAGAAAAUUGGACGCGGCGUCUACAGAGGCCAAGUUCCUGCAGGAUCUGGGCUUCAGGAUGCUCAACUGCGGACGGACAGACCUGGUGAAGCAGGCGGUGAACCUGCUGGGCCCCGACGGUAUCAACAGCAUGAGCGAGCAGGGAAUGACCCCACUCAUGUACGCCUGCGUCCGCGGCGAUGAAGCCAUGGUCCAGAUGCUACUCGACGCCGGGGCUGACAUCAACAGCGAGGUGCCAAGUACAGUAAACAAGCACCCCUCAGUUUAUCCUGAAACGCGCCAGGGGACGCCUCUCACUUUCGCCGUGUUACACGGACACGUCCCUGUCGUGCAGUUGUUGCUGGAUAAUAGAGCGAAUGUGGAGGGCGCCCUGCAGGAUGGGGCGGAGAACUACACAGAGACCCCGCUACAGCUGGCUGCUGCUGCAGGUAACUUUGAGUUGGUGAGUUUGCUCCUGGAGCGAGGGGCCGACCCCAUGAUCGGAACCAUGUGUCGAAACGGCAUCUCAUCUGCCCCACUGGGUGACAUGAACUCUUACAGCCUGGCAGCAGCACACGGCCACAGGAAUGUUUUCCGGAAGCUCCUGGCACAGUCGGAGAAGGAAAAAGGGGAUGUUCUGUCCCUGGAGGAGAUUCUCGCCGAGGGUUCGGAUCCUGGCGAGAAGAGGCUGGUGCCGCAGGCCAACGGCGGAGGAGGAGGAGGGACGCUGCGAACAGGAAAGGCCAAACUGAGGGCCCUGAGAGAGGCCAUGUACCAUAGCGCAGAGCACGGCCAUGUGGACAUCACCAUAGACAUCCGCAGCUUAGGCGUUCCCUGGACGCUGCACACCUGGCUCGAGUCCCUGCGCACCUGCUUCAUCCAGCACCGCCGGCCGCUCAUCCAGGGCCUCCUCAAAGACUUCAGCUGCAUCCAGGAGGAGGAGUACACCGAGGAGCUCAUCACACACGGCCUGCCGCUCAUGUUCCAGAUCCUCCGAGGCAGCAAGCAGAAUGAGGUGAUAAGCCAGCAGCUGUCAGUCAUCUUCACGCAGUGCUACGGGCCCUUCCCCAUCCCUAAGCUGACAGAGAUCAAGAAGAAACAGACCUCACGCUUAGACCCUCACUUCUUGAACAACAAGGAGAUGUCUGACGUCACGUUCCUGGUGGAAGGGAAACCUUAUUAUGCACAUAAAGUUUUGCUGUUUACAGCUUCACAGAGAUUCAAGUCACUGCUACAGAACAGACCAGCAGCAGAGAACACGUGUAUUGAGAUCAGCCACGUCAAGUACUGUAUUUUCCAUCUGGUCAUGCAGUAUCUGUACUGUGGAGGCACCGAGUCUCUGCACAUACGCAACACUGAAGUGAUGGAGCUCCUGUCUGCAGCCAAAUUCUUCCAACUAGAGGCCCUUCAGAGACACUGUGAGAUCAUCUGCUCCAAGAACAUCACCACCGAGACCUGCGUGGAUCUCUACAAACACGCCAGGUUCCUGGGUGCCUCCGAGCUCACAGCAUUCAUCGAGGGCUACUUCCUGAAGAACAUGGUGCUGCUGAUUGAACUCGACAGCUUCAAGCAGCUCCUAUACGAAGCUCCUCCACCCGAGAGCCCCGCCUCCAGCCCGGGCAUCUGCUCCGACAUCCUCCUAGAGCUGGAGAAGACUUUGGCUGUGCGAAUCCGCUCCAUCCACCUCUCCACCUCCAAGGGCUCUGUGGUCUGACGCCAUCGUUUCCCAGAGGCCCUCUGAUUCAGGCACACAGCAUCCAUGUAACACCGUUUUUAUAUGACCAGUGCCCCCUACAGACCAUUUAAACGCCAUAACCAAUGUUUUUCUCUUAUGUCAUGUUUAGGGGUGGAAGCUUAAAUGCUGUUUUAAUGUCACAUCAUCUCUAGGUCUGUUGUGUGACAGUCUUUUCUUCUGUCGUCAUUUCCCAUGAACAAAAGGGAAGAUCUGAAUGGGCAAGUGUCCAAAUUCAAACCCAUGAAAAUAAGAGAGUAGCUACUGUUAGCCACAUUAGUGUAUUCUACACCAUACAACUGGAAAGGGAUACAUUCCUAGCUUUCUUAUUGUGAGCUAGUUGCCUUAGUUAUGUUAACUAGGAAAUAGUUUCAACUUGAAUUUUGUCCUGUUAUCCCUCCAGAUAUCUACUGAAAGAGUGGAAAGUCACCUUACAAUGUAAUAUCCAAAUGUAAUUCGUUGCAGGCCAAUGUAACAUCAGCUAAUGUUAGUACUAAACAAAGUUCUUGACAACAUUAUCAUCUUGAAACAUUUUAAAUAUGUAGUAACAGUUAGCUAGUCAUGUUAUUAAAAGAGAUUAAGUCAGUCCCAUGUCGUUUUAUCUUAAAAUUGUUUUGAGUAUCAGCUAGCACAAAUUAGCUAGCGUAAGCUAAGAAUUGGAUAAAUGCUAACAUUGGCUGUUGCAGCUCAGCUGCAUCUACCUUGAAAUAUGUUGUUUUACCUCAACUUAUUUUGCUAUUGUUAGCUUGCUAACACAUUAACAGGUAUGUUAGCCAGCUAAUCAUAGCCUAAUGUUAGUUGAAAUGUUUGCUGGGACUUGGUUAAAUGCGAAGUUAGCUGUUUUAGCUUAGGUUUUAGAACCUUAAGAAUCUGUCAUUAUCAAAUUUAUCAUUUUGCUUUGAGUAUGUUGUUACUGUUAGCUAACAGCGAGUUAUGAUUUGUCCCUCUGGAUAGCGACUAAAAGAGUAAAACUUCAACCAAAUAUUAAUUGCGAAAUAUUUUUAAUUGCAUGCUAAUGUUUAACAGCAGCCAAAGUUGGUAGGUCUUAAUCAAGGUCCUUGCUUUUAGCAUUAUUUUCCACAAUACAUUCUGAAAGGGGAGAGUUCAAAGCUAAUAUGAAUAUUUGCUUAGAAAUUAGCAGGAAUGUCAGUGACAGAUUUGUUGAAUGCUAAAAUUUGAUGUUGUAGCUUAAGAUUUCAGUACCUUAUGUCUAUAGAAUAUGUUUUACUUCAAAAAUGUUGUCAUUGUUAGCUUGUUGGUAUCUCAAAAGUGUUUGAGUGUCAGCAGGCAAAUAGGUUAGCAAGGUACUGGUAAUGCCAGUGAAGAGUUAGUAAAAUGCUAACAUGAGCUCAGCUGAGUCUACCCUAAUAGUGAUCAAAUAUAUUGUUUUACCCCAACAUAUUUUGUCACUGUUAGCUAGCUAAAACAUUGACCGUUAUGUCAGCCAGCUAAUGGUAGCAAAAUUUGGGCAAAAAUGUUUGCUGGGACUUGGUUAAAUGCAAAGUUAUCUGUUGUGGCUUAGUUUUUAACACCUUAAAAAUCUGUUUUCAUCAAAUACGUCAUUUUGUUUUGAGUAUAUUGUUACUGUUAGCUUACUGUUAGCUCACUGUCAUGCCAGCAAUAACACUAGUUAGUAGAAAUGCCCACAAACAUGUCACCCAGGAAUCAAUUACUAACGUUACUUGUUUGGGCUUUGCUAUGUGUACCAAAUGAGUUUUCAGAUAUAUUUUCUAAGAACAGACGUGUUGCUAUUGUAAGUGGCAGCUCUAUUAGCUAGCUAGAAGUAUGGUUAGUGAAUGUGUUUACUAGUAUGAGCUGAAUGCUAGAGUUAGCUACUGUGAUUCAGUUGUGAGUGCUAUAAUGAGUCAUCCAUAGACUUGUUGACUUCAAUUAUGGCGUGAAGUCCCACAUCCAUUAUUGAUAUUCUCAUUUAUUGAAAAGAAGUGGAAUCAGAUAGCCUUCAUUAUAGGAUGAACAACCGUGGACUCAAUGGUAUACAACAUUACAACCAUUUAAGCUUCCUACUUGACAUAAGACAAAAAAGAGUGGCAAAUAUAGUGGCUACAACCUCGUCAAUUUAUCCUGGCCCUGAAGAGGGGCUGUUAGAUUUUUUUUACGUCAGGGAUUCCCUUUAAUUCUGCCCCAUUAUGAAUCAAUUCUAGCAUAAAUCGAAGAGGGAACUCUCUUAUCUCUUAAAGGCUCCCACUUAUCAUUUAACACCCCACAAUAGAAACUGCAAACAAACUAACAGAACUGACUUGACCCAGCAGUAUCACUUAGACCUAAUUGUGAUUAUUGUAUUUCAUAUAAGAUAAAUGCAUGAAAUACAUCUUGUACACCUUUUUUGGCUUAAAGGGUAGAGUAGAAAUUUAACAAUAAAAGCAGCUUUCUCAUCAUCUACGAUAUGAGACUUUGGUUUACAUUGAACAUCACGUUAUGGACAACACAUGCCAAAAUAUUAUCCUCCUAUACAACCAAUUAAAGUGACUAGUAGCAUCCCCAGGAGACGGACUUUAGGUGGACUCAUUUGAACUUCUUUCCUAUUAUUCUGUCACUUGUCUGUUGGACGCGUUUCACUGUGUUAUCUCUCAACUGUGUGCAGAGGCCAAACUGAUCACAGGAACUUCCACUGAGGCCGACACCGCAGCGCUGAUUCAACUAAAGUCGGCCCACUCAGUGAAAUCUAUGCUGACAGAUGCUUGAAAACACGGAUGUCCAACUGGGAAAUUAACUCCACGAAAAAACACUGUCGACUCUUUUUGCAUGACACCUACUCAACUGAGCUGCCCUAUUGCUUUUUAUGCAGAUCUUACUUCACGGACCACUUUCUCAAGGUUGAAGUGAGGGGAAAACGCUGCUUACUAAGACUUUCUAUCCACUGCAAAACUGACCGAGUGGGAUUUUUGGAGAUGGAUUUGGAUUGGCAGGGACUUUCUCUUUAAAGGAUAUUUAAAAGCAAAGUGUAAAUACGUCCCUAAAGUCAUCGUGCUGGUCGUUCUUUUUUGUAAUCUGAUGUACAGUAUCCUCCCACACUCGCUUGGCUGAUGACACCGGUCUCAUUGAAUGUGCUCCCUGAGCUGUUUGUUCCCGCUCUAUGUGUCUGUUUAUGCAAAAGUUGCAUGUUUAAUCUGUUUGUUUGACUCCUCUGUUUUUCUCUGUAGGUGUGCUGUCUUUGUAGACCUCUAGGGCUGAGUACACUGUUGAUUGUUCCAGCUUGAAUUUCAAUCAGAAGAUCUUUUUCUUUCUAUUUCUAAUACAUUCCAGAUGAUCAGGGUAGACUACAAGAUGCAACUUUUUGUUGAAAAUUUUUGCUCAAUUUCUUAAUUACUUGGAAGAGAUGUUGGAUGAACAUUUAGUGUCUACAUGAAGUUUAUCAGAGACAUAUUUCUAGUUAUUUUUCAAUAAAUAAUUACAAGUAAACAUUUUGUGGCUAAAACAAGAGCAAACAAAGGGAAUGUUUCUUUAAAGGCUGAAUCCUUGAAGUGCACAAUACAAAAAAUCCAUUUGGUGAAUCCUUCAUGGCCCUAUAUACCCAAGAAUUUAUGGUGCACAGUUGGUUUUCUUAAUGUUGGUGUAAACCUUUCUUUACAGUCAAAGUAUGGCAUUACAAUUCUGUAAAUGGCAUACAGAACAUAAAUACAGUCUUGUUAUGAUUAAUGAAGAAAAAACAAAAUUACAUGGACGUAUAAAAAUAAAAUAAGUUACCGAUCACUAUAUUAGGCACACCCAUUUAGCUACACAUUAGCACCAAUAUCUUAUCAGCCAGUAACAUGGCUGCAACAAAUGCAUUUAGGCAUGUAGACAUAAUACAUUUUCAGUGUGUUUUGCCUAGUUGGAAGGGGGUCAUUCAGUCAGUAAGGCCAGGUAUGAACUUAAUAUCCACUAGAAGUUCUGGAAAUCUUGGGAAAUUCCCUUUAAAAUGAUCCGAGAGUUCCAAAGCAUAAAAAAUCCACCUAAAUUUCUCCAAAUUUUCAAGACAUAACCAAAAAAAUCUGUUAAAGAAAAAAAAAAAAUUCAAAAUACACUCAAAAUGUCCUCAAUUAUUCCCUAAGCAUUGACCAAAAAUUCCACGAAAUUCCUGAAAAAUUUCAGGCAAAUUUCCCACAUUUUCAAAGCAUAUUCCACCCAAAGUUUCCAAUCAAAUUCCCAAAACUUUGCAGAUUCAUUUCCCCAAAAUUCUUUGAAAAAUUGGGGAAAAUUUCCUGACAAAUUCCCCCAAACAUCCAAACUGGUUCCCUAAAAAUUCAGUGAUAAUUGAUCAGGGUUUUUGGUGGAAAUUGCCAACACUUAAAAAAAAAAAAAAGAAAAAUCCCCAAAUUCCUAUGAAAGUUCCCCCCCCAAAAAAAACAUUUCAAAGUGGUGAAAACUGGCCAAAAAUUCUAGCCUAAACUUGUUUAGUUUGUAGCUGGCCUAAGACAACUGAAAAGUUGUGAAUGUAGCAAUGGUGACAAGAAUUCUGGAUGACCGUUGAGUUUUGCAUUGAUAAGAAUGGGAAAAAAUCCCCUGACACCAGAGAAUAUAGUGCAUGGGUCAGUGGGGUCACAUCAUUUGUUUGUACAUAAACUGCACAUACUUACAAGGAGCCCUGCAUAUAAAGAUGUUAACUUAUUUUCAGUGUUGAUCUUCCAGUUUUAAUCCAACUCUGCAGAGAAUAGAGCUAAACUCCACCCAAAUGGCAUUUCAAUCUGGGGGAUAUAGGCAGAGUUUGCCCAUCAUGCCCUUGGGCAAAGUCAUUUGAUGUUUUGAAUAUUUUCAUAUGUGUCUCUUGUUGUACAGUGAUCACUGUUGGGAUCUGUUUGCUUAUGAUAGGUUGGUACAGAUUGUUGUUGUUUUUGAUGUUAGACACUUUUGCACCAUGAGUGAAGCUACUCACUGAGUCUCUCCCCAAAGAAAUGGGCCAAGGGGAAGGGUAGUGAGCUGAUCCUCAUCAAAGAGCAUUUCUUAGCUCCAUAUUUGUCUCUUUGCUUCAUCAUUGCAAGAGGACUUCCUACCUUGCCACAGGUGUUCAACACAAGGUGGCAAACUUGAAAAAGUAAAAAUUAACACCACAAGGGAGUUGGAAUGUCAAUACUUUCCAAAGUGUAAAUCUCACUUAGAACCUUUGAGAAUCAUAUAAACUCAGAGAACUGUUUAAAUUGGCACUAUUGCAGUUAAAUGGUUUUCUGGGUAGAUUUCUUCAUUUUGGAGAAAAUGUGACAAAUCGAUUCACGUGUCGGUCGCCAUAUUUGCACAGUGAUGUUAUCUGGCUGUGUUGUUAUUCAUCCUGUGAAGUGUCAUCCUUAAAGCCUUUUAAAUGCACAGGAUAAAAAUUCUGCUACCAGGUGGCUCUCAACCUAAACAAUAUGACAAGUACAGGGCAGCGCUGAACCCGCUAUGCGCCCUUUAGUAGCGCCUGAAGUCGCAGGCAAGAAUUCUGGCUCAGUGGAUAACUUCGCUCAUGGUGCAAAUGUGUCACACAUCAAAAAAAAUAACAACAAUCCACCAGAGACAUGGCAUUUUCAGUGCAUUAACUAACUAGAAAUACCAUGUACAAUGUUACAGAGAUGAAUAUGAGCAAUCUUCAUAACAAGACACAUCCUGUUACAAUUAUAAAAACUUUUGGAAAUAUUUGCAAUACUGAAGAACUCAGUUUGAAAAUUUUAUAGCAUGGGAAUGUUCUAUUUUUAAGUCAAUAUUGAUAUUUCCAUGCAGGAAUUCUGCGUAUUGUAUCUUUAAAGCCAAGUCAAGGCAAUAAGAAAGAAGUCACUAUAAUGUAAAAGAUGAGCUGUACAUUAUCGUUCGUAUAAAAGGCCCCAGUGUUAAUCUAAGAAAGUCCGUAUGUCUUAAUAUGCAGGGUUCCAUCUAAAGCACUGCCUCCAGUAGUUAGAGAGGAUAAAUUGAAAAAUAUAUUUACAUGUGUUAAAGAAUAUUUCAUUUGAAAAUGUGAGAAUAUAAUUUUUACUAAAGGAUGAUAUGAAAAUGAACUAACAGGCAAUAAGGAGGAGCUUUCAGGGAGUCAGAUCAAACAGAAGCAAGUCCAAGUGUUGUUUGUCACAUUAUUUAUGUGCAAAUUGGCUCAGGUGUUUGGAGAUUUGGCUCAGGUGUGUGAGAUUUGCCUCCCCUGCAGCUUCAGUACAAAGACGUGUUGUUUCAUUUUGGGAAUUUGGUGCCAGACCAAAGCUUGGACUGAAAUGUCUCUAAUUAACUCAGUGGAAAAAAGAAAAAGAAAACAUGUUUAAAAUUCCACCUUUUGUUUUGCAUUUUUUAAUUUUCCCACCGAUGUGUCACCUGGUGUGCGUUAGAUAACACUUCUCUGUUUGUAAAAGGACCAAAUGAGGAAGCAGUCACCCAUUAUUCAACAGCUCUGUUGUUUAAAUGAUUCACAGUCGCCAGAAAUGCUAAAAAGUGGAGAUAAAAUCAACAUGAUUAGGAAAAACAAUUAACUUGUUAUCUGAGCCACCAUAUAUUUAAACAAAGACUAAAGUUUAAUGAAUGUAAUAAUGCCACAAAAGACUAUUUACAAAGCAUGCAAUGACUCCAACUCAGCAACAAACCAAAAAGCAUGCUUUUCUUUGUUUCCAAUGGCUUACCAUGCAAAUGUCUGCUCAUUCUUUGUGAUGUUGUUUCCUCUGAAAUCUCACAUAAAUCUCAAAUCUUAUGACUUCAAAUAUUGUAGCACAUCAAAAUUAUGUCAACAUUUGUUUGGGCCAAACAGAGAAACAGAUAAGGUGGUUUUAAGUUCUGUAAAUAGUUACAGAAAAUGAGCUAUAGAUGUUAUCCUAGGAGUUUAUUUUCUUACCUACACACGUACAUAGCAGUAUAUAUUUUAUUUUACAUUCCACAGCUAUUUUCUUUUACAAAAGUAUAAAAGAUGAUAUAAAAAGAUGCUUUAAAGAUGAAAUUAAGCAAUAUUUCCUCAGUACACAACAGGAUAUGGAGCUAGAGUAUCAUUGUGAAUUUAAAGAUGGAUUACAUAUACAAAUGAGUGACUGAAAAUGCUUAUUUUCUUUAUACAAACCUGGGUUCCAAAAAAGCUGGGACAUUUUGUACAAUGUAAAUAAAAAUGGGAUGCAGUGGUUUGCAAAUCCUUUUGAACUUGUAUUCAACUGAUUACAGUAAAAUACAAGAUAUUUAAUGUUGAAACUGAUAGACUUUGUUGUGUUUUGGAAAUAGACCCACAUUGCGAAUUUAAUGGCUGCAACAUGUUCCAAAAAAGUUGGUACAGGAGCAUGUUUACUAUUGUGUUACAUCAUAUUCUUUCUUUCUCUAACAAUACUCUGUACUUCUUUUGGGUCUGAGGUGGAAUUUUUUUUCCCAUUCUUGCGUGACGUACAUUUUAAGUUGCUUAAAAGUACGGGGUUUCUGAUGUCAUAUCAUACAUUUUCAAUGGGAGACAGGUUUGGACUGCAUGCUGGCAAGGCUUGUGCAUGCAAUCUUAUUGUGAAGCCAUGUAGUCGUAACUGGCUGUAUUGUCUUGCUGAAAUAAUCAGAGGCGUCCCUGAAAAAGAAAUCUGGAUUGAAGCAUAUGCUGCUGCAAAACCUUUAUGUAUCGCUCAGUACUCAUGGCGCCUUCACAGAUGUGCGAGUAACCCAUGUCAUGGGCACUAAUACACCCCCACAUCAAUAGAGAUGCUGCGUUUUGAGCUGUGCACUGAUAACAGUCUGGGUGGUCCUUUUCCUCUUUAGUUUGGAGGACUUAGUAGCCAUUAUUAGGUCAAGAAGAGAUCUAGCUGCAGUCUGCAGAUCUCAGAUUACCCCAGACCUCUACUGUGAGAUGCCUCAUCUGUCAGAACUGAAGGGACUUAAUUUGCCCGUACAACAUUUAAUCUUUUAAAGCCUGGUAUCUCAAAUAAUGGCUAGAAAAAUUAUCCCUUUUUGGCACUGAGAUGUUUAUUAAACCUACAAUUGAAAUCAGAGAAAAGGGAAAUUGCCAUAAAAUUUCACUUUUUCUUUUAUAUCACAUUUGAUGUAUCAGGUAUUUCUGGUAAUUGAUAAUCCACUAGAGGGCAUUUUUAUCAUGUAUCAGAUUGUAUACAUAAGGUUAUAAAGGAAGUUACUGAUUGUGUUGACUGGACAGAGGUCUCAGAAAUUAAUGUAUUAGAUCUGCUACAAUUGGCUUUAAAGGGUUAAGAAUUUAAUUUUUAAACAGAAAAACAGUCCAAAGUGUAAUCCAGGGUUAAAUGAUGUAUAGAACCGGUUAAGAAGUAGUUAUGCAAACUGUGCCUCUUUCCAGCUUCAAUAGCUUUCGCUAAAGCUAACAUAGCUUGGCUACCUAUGUAGAUAACAUAAGUUGAAAGUCAGUGUAGCAACAAAAAAUUUAGCUUAAGAUAACAAAGCUAAAGCAAGCCACUGUUCACAUAACUACAUGUAAAAAGGGGCUAGCUUUAGCACAUGUAGCAUAAGCUGGUGUAGCUAAUAUAGCUUUUGUUUGCUGUAGCAUUUGCUACAUUAGUUAUGUAGCUAUGUAGGUAUUGUGGCUGCAUUAGCUUUGAUUUAGCUAUGUUAGCUACAUAAUCUACAUAGACUUUAUAGCAAACAGAGCUUCAUUAGCUGUAAAUUUAGCUAUGUUUGCCACAUAGCUACAUUAUCUAUGUUGUCUACGUAGCAGGUGUGAUAAGGUAAGGUUGCUGACUUUUAACUUUUUCUAUCUUCAAUCCAGUUCAGUUCAAUUCAAACUUUUAUUGUCAUUGCACAAAAAAGUACAACUAAAUUUUUCUGUGCAUCUUGGAUAGAUAAAAAUAAUAAAAUUAAAAUAGGAUCCCACUGCUGCAUACACACUCACUUUCAUAUCCACACCCACGUUAAAUAACAUACAUAGAAUAAAAAAUAAGAUAAAAGACUUAAAAACAUAAGAAGAUUGCACCUUGUAUUAAUAAUAUUGCACAGUGUCCACCGAUAAUGCCAGGAUCAUGUCAUGUCAUCAUGUCAUAUUGCACAUACUUAAGUCAUUGAUGCUAAAGGGAGUUCAGUCACAUGUUUAUCUUAACUUUUGCCUUGAUGCUAACCCUAACUGGAAGUUUAACCUUAGCUUGAAACAUGUGCCAGCAUGUGUUGUGCUUGACUCUGGCCACUCUCUCCUGCCUCAUGUUAUGGUACAUUAGGCCCGUGAUGAUUCCUUGGCACCCUACACGCCUUACACUUAUGCCCAUGACAACAAUGUCUCCUAUUUCACAGGCAUUUGCAUCUAACAGUUUGCAGCAUUGCUACUGGCGCCACCAGACUUCCUCUCUGGACUCUGGAACGACUUCACAAACUGAAGCACAGGCAACAACACUGUCGUUCAGUCUGAACUGAGCUGAAAGAGCACAAUUGUCCCCUGCAAUGCUUCAAAACAGUCUUGUUACAUCUGGAACCUUUGGUCUCAGCUGGACUUGUUUCUGGAAGAUAUCACAGAGUUCUAGAAGGAUCUGACAGACAAAUGUCAGAAUUUGGCUUCACGUAAGCGUGACGUUGUUGUUGCAAGAAUACCCUUCCUUGGAAGAUGCCGUCGAGCUUGACCUUGAUGAGUCCUUGGCACCCUACAUGCCUAAAACAUGACUAUACACCUUUCCUAGUCUUCUUGCCCCUGUCCCAACUUUUUUGGAACAUGUUGCAGGCAUCAAAUUCAGACUGUAUAUAUAUUACCCUAAAACAAUUAAGUCUGAACAUUAAAUGUCUUGUCUUUGCAGUGUAUUCAAGUCUAAAAUGCGUUGCAAAUAACUUUUUUGUUUUUAUUCAAAUUUUACAAAAUGUCCCAACUUUUUCAGAACCGAGGCUUGUAAUUUGUGACAUCUCAUGGUGUUUUUUUUCCUGUAUUUCACUCACUUUCACACAGAAUUUCUGACUUGAAGUCAAAGAUUUUACCCUUUAAGUUUUUAUUUAUUAAGGCUGAUCCUUGCCAGUGUAUCGGCCUUUAUACUGACUCAUUCUACAUGCCCAUAUUUGGAUUGAAACAUGCCAUUUAAAGGUGAAAUGUAACUUUAAGAUGCAAACCCUUUUACUUCCUCUGAGGUAAAAAGGUUCAUAAUGAUGUCAAGCACUUUCUGUGCCAGUGUUACUGUAGCCUCACUGAAGUAUUUGACAGUGAGCUUGAGUUGAAGUCUUAUUGUGUUCCUAACAGCAGCUGAAUAUGGUGUUAGAAUAUAAAUAAGCCAAAAGACUUUAAUCUGUUUUUUUAGUCUUAAUGUUAGAGGCUAACGUUAGCUUGCCCCUGUACUGGUGCUUUGAUUCAAAGUGGGUCAAAGCCGUAGAGUAAGUGUCGGUUCGCAUGGCUCUUCUUGUUUAAUGUUGUUGAGAAUGUGCUUUUGUCUUCACUGAACUCUCCCAUUAGUUUGUCUGAGCGUUUCUUUGCCUGCGUAUUUGUUCCUGGUAAUAAACAACAUCUCUCCUAGACGCAGUGGAAACAUGCAUGGGAUAUUCACUCACAUCCACAGGGGGUGGGAUAAACUUUUGCUAUUACUUUUCCUUUGAUGAGAACAUGUAUAUUGUACAAAAUAUAUAUAUAUGAAAUAUAAAUUAUACAUGGUGUGAGAAGCAGGGAUGUGGUGGAGUAUAACAACAAACAGGAAUGUUACACUCGUGCUACAGUUUCUGUGGUUCCAUGACAUGCUUUUGUGGACAGCUAAUAAAC